AUGAAGCUGUCCAUCUUGUUGCUGCUCGUGUGCGCCCUUCUUGCUCUCGCCGUCGUCAGUGCUCACGCUGAAUCGGGCAACCGCGGCGGUGGAGGCGACUCUGCCGGCGGGCGGCGCGAAGAGGGCGAAGCUCGCGGAUAUAGGGGCGAAGACGACGACAAGAAGAAGAGACCUCAUGAUGACUGCACCACCACCACUAAGAAGCCCGAGUGCACCACAACUACGAAGAAGCAUGACUGCACCACCACCACCACCAAGAAGAACGACUGCACCACCGAGAAGCCGCCCAAGCCCUGCGACGAAGAUAAGGAGGAGAAGGAGUACUACUGGAAGUGCGUCAAGGUGUGCCCCUAG